AUGUGCUAUAAAGGUUACGAAGAUAAAACUGUUGUUGUGGUUGGGGUGGGAAACUCAGGCGGUGAUUUGGCUGUAGAGUUGAGUAGAAUUGCUAAGCAGGUGUACCUUGCAACUCGACGCGGAACAUGGGUAUGCAAUCGAAUAUUUGACUAUGGAGAGCCAUUCGACAUGGUAGUGCACAGAAAGUACAUCGAUCAUGCUCGUCAUUACGUCCCUGAAUGGCUAGUAAAUACAGUGGUUGAAAGGAAAAUGAAUCAGCGUUUCGAUCAUGAACGCUAUGGAUUGAAGCCGAAACAUCGUGUUCUAGGAGCACAUCCAACAGUCAAUGAUGAACUCCCAAAUCGUAUCGCCUGCGGAACUGUGCGAGUAAAGCCAAAUAUUAGGGAGUUCACAGAGAAUGGCAUCACAUUUGAAGAUGGAUCUCAUGUGGAGAAUGUUGAUGAGGUAAUGUGUAACAAGAUAUGUUAAAG